CGAAAGUAAAUCUGAGAGUCUGAAAAAAAAACUAGAUUGCCUAUUGGAUCGUUUCUAUCGGGUUUUAUGAAGUGCUUCCCCUUCUUCUGUGAAGAGCUAAGACUUCUGUUAUUGGUGGAGAAGAAAUGGACCCACAGAUCUGAUUGGUCUGCACAGCUGAUAAAACAGCUGAUAAAAGAUGGAUCACCCUCAAGAGGGUGAGGAUGCUGUCAGUAGAAAUCAGACAGACAGUGCAGCAUGUGCCGUGCCCCUGAAGGAUGAGGAGUCCGUUACUGAUGGACAAGGACUACACAGUGCUGGACCACAGACACACAGACCAGUGUCUCCAGUACCCAGCUGUGUUUCUAUGAAGAGUGACCAGUCCAUGGGGCAGCCUUUCCAUUUCAGCAGUGAAGCGCCACAGCCUGAUACCAAGAUGGGUGACAGAAAGCAGUCAGCUGGCCCAGAUGACCAAACAAACAAGAUGAUGCCUGUGGGCAGAGGGAGCAACACACUUCAACCUUCAGUAAUCCGCCAAUGCAUGCGAGAAACACUGGACGACCUGACUGAUGAGUGCCUCAAAAGAUUCAAGCAUGUUUUACGGGAUAAUUAUGAAAUCCCAUGGGGUAAGCUGGAGAAAGCUGACAGGGAUGACAUAGUGGAACAACUGGUAAAUUACUGUGCUGAAGACUCGACUGAGGUCAUGCUGAAGAUCUUAAGGAUCAUGAAAAACAACCAGCUGGUCACAGACUUGGAGAGGAAAUUAGGCAAAGUGAAUGCAAGACCUCAAAAUAAAGCAGAGGAAAAAUCUUCAUUUAAGCAUCACCUUCAGUCCAUCUCAAAAAAGAGGUGUUUCCUUGUACGUCAAGAGCUAGGCGAUGAAAAACUACAAGACAUCUACACUGACCUUUGCGUUGUAGAAGGACGCUCUGGAGAGGUCAACAGUGCACAUGAAGUGUCAACAAUUCACUUGAAACAAAUUGAGACAAGGACAUUCGUUGGGACCAAGAACAAAGUCAAGUUGUCAAACAUAUUCUCUGACCAUUUCUAUGCAGAUGAACCUGUCACAAAGGUCUUGACUAUGGGAAUAGCCGGAGUGGGGAAAAGUGUUGCCGUGCAAAAGUUUGUGUUGGACUGGGCAGAAGACAGAGAGAAUAAAAAAAUAGAGUUGACUUUUGUUCUUCCAUUUCGAGAGCUCAACUUGUACAAAGACGAGGUCCAUAGCCUCUUUGACCUUCUUGUUAAAUUUUACCCAGACCUUGAAGAUUUGAGAGAAUCCAUUGACUUAAAAGGGACCGCAGUUCUUUUUGUAUUUGAUGGUUUAGAUGAAAGCAGACUUGAGCUAAACUUCAGCAAGCAGAUAUGUGACCCAGAGGAAAAAGCAUCAGUUGCCGUGUUAACAACAAGUCUAAUAACUGGUAAACUGGUGCCUUCUGCACUCAUCUGGGUAACAACGAGACCAGCUGCAGCCAACAAGGAUUUGUGUGACCUUUUCGACUUGGUGACAGAGAUCCAAGGUUUCAGUGAAAGCCACAGAGAGGAGUAUUUUAAGAAGUGUCUUUCAGAUCACCAGAAUGAAGAAAUACCAAGAGGAGGAGAUGAGCCCAGAGGAAAAAGGGCAGCUUCUUGUUAAACUUGGGAAACUAGCAUUCAAACAUCUGGAGAGUGGCACUCUGAUA